CGGGCCCGGGCUCCCUCCCGCCCUCGGCAGGGCCGCGCGAGGCCUGGGCGGCCGUGAGGGGCUCGGCUGCCUCCGCUCUGCUGGGCCUGCCCCGGCCGGCCGGCCUCCCGCGCUCUCGGGGCAGCUUCCCGCCGCCUUCGGGCCGCGGCAUCCAGGCCGGCCGGCGGGGGCGCCUCCGGGGAGGGGGCGCUCCGUUCCCAGCGCCGGCCGGGAUCGGUGCCUUCGCUCGCCUCUCGAACGAGCCUUUCUUUGUUCGGAGGCGCCCCGAUCCUUCCCUCCUGCCUUUCCCCGAGCCUCUGCCGUCCUUGCGGCCUCCCCGGAGGCAGCGCAGCGCCAUCCAUACCUUUCCCUGCCUUCCUCCUCCGAUGCGGUUUGGAUGCUACUCUUGCAAAACAAACCCCAGUCUGGUGGCCAUCCCUGGGAGAGGCGCCUCGAAGCAGGAUCCUGGCCCCGGCUUGAAGGCCCUGGAGGGGGAACAAACGAGCGAACCCCGCUUAGACUAGGAUGUGCUAAAAUCAGCCGCAUGUGGGUACAGGAAUUGAAUGAUCUGGCACGUGAUCCUCCAGCACAGUGUUCAGCAGGGCCUGUUGGAGAUGAUAUGUUCCAUUGGCAAGCGACAAUAAUGGGACCAAAUGACAGUCCUUAUCAGGGUGGGGUGUUCUUCUUGACGAUUCACUUCCCAACAGAUUAUCCCUUCAAACCACCUAAGGUUGCAUUUACAACAAGAAUUUACCAUCCAAAUAUCAACAGUAAUGGCAGUAUUUGUCUUGAUAUUCUACGGUCACAGUGGUCUCCCGCAUUAACUAUUUCAAAAGUACUUUUGUCCAUCUGUUCUCUGUUGUGUGAUCCCAAUCCAGAUGAUCCCUUAGUGCCUGAGAUUGCACGGAUCUACAAAACAGAUAGAGAAAAGUACAACAGAAUAGCUCGAGAAUGGACUCAGAAGUAUGCGAUGUAAUUAAAGAAAUUAUUGGAUAACCUCUACAAAUAAAGAUAGGGGAACUCUGAAAGAGAAAGUCCUUUUGAUUUCCAUUUGACUGCUUUCUAUGAGCCCACGCCUCAUCUUCCCCUGUGCACAUGUUUACCUGAUACAGCAGUGCUGCGUGUUGUACAUACUUGGAACAAUGAAAUACUGUAUUCCAUACCAACAUUGACUCCUAGCAAAGAAAUGUGUGUGAAAAGCCAGUUCUUCAAAGUCUAGUUGUGAGCAUAAAAGCAUUCCUAAAAUAUUUAAAUUGGGCAUAAACCAAAGGUAGGGGGAGGGGGCAGAGAGUAAAAGGCUUUCAGUGAUUGAAAAGGAGAAUUUUGUUUAAGUGGAAUCCUUUUAAACUCAUAACAGUUAUGAAAAGCGUAUGUGAAGAACUUGAAGCUGUUUCUGUAUUUUUAUUCUGAAGGACCUACUUAGGUAAAUGUAUGACCAACAAGAUCAAACUGUACCCACAUCCUGUGUUUAAAGGUCUAAGUUUAACUGGUCAGCAUUUAAAUGCAUUGGAGCUAUUAGUGCAUCAAGUGACGUUGAUUUUGUUUCAGCUCCUCUCCCCCUCCCCCCUUCCCUUCAUAAUUUUGGUUUGUAUGUGUUUUCUCAGUUAACAUAGCUAAUAGCUCUUAUUUUCUUAAGUUUUUAACUGCUUAGGUCUUUCUGGAUGUAAGGGUAAAAAUUCAUUUGACAGACUUGUGUAUAUUUAAAGACCCAAAUGCUCCUUUGGAGCUUGUACGUUCAAGAAUGAUUAAUCUGUGUAAUAAACUGAUUACUACAGUCAUUACAUAUAACUGUGUGAAUAGGCUUAAUUUUUUUAUGGGCUAAGAUUUAAAGUCUAUAGUUCUUGUUUUUAGGAAGUUGCAUUUGAGAAUAAUCAGUCUUUAAGCUUCAUCAUAGAAUAAGCAAGUCAGUGAGACAAACUUCAAGUAGGUGUGAAAACACCAACGUCCAUGAUAAACUGGAAUCUGGAAAUCUGAAUGCCUGUAUGUCAGAGCUUGACUGUUAAGCCAGAUAAGCAACUUGCUCAUUGAACAACAUUUCAGAAAGUUCUGUUUAACAUGGGACUAAACCUGUGCCUGUGUGCUGUAGCGAAGGGAUUCCUUGUGUAAUUUUUAAGAAUGGGUGUAAAAGGGCAAGGUGGGAUUUUUUUUACAGAGGCAUCAGCACAGACUAACACAAAAUAUAGCUUUUAAAGACUGUUGCACUAAAUCACUUGGAAAUGUUCACUGUACAUGAAAUAUCUUUGGAUGGCAUUCAUUUGAAAAAUAGUAAAAAUGUAGUUUAAAGUUUA